AUGUCUGAUACAGCAAAGCAACGUCUUCAAGCCCUGAGCAAGCAGCUCGUUGAAGGUAUUCCCUCCGAGGGCACGUUUGAGGAUAUCCCCAAGAUCCGCCAUGUUGCCUCUGAUUCAGCAGGACCUCGCGUCAAGGACAAGGUAGUAAUCGUGACCGGCGCAAACUCUCCCAAUGGCAUCGGCCGCGCCAGCGCGCACCAAUUCGCCAACAACGGCGCCAAAGCAGUCUACAUCUGCGACUUCAGCGACACGCACCUAGCAACGCACAAACGGGAAAUGGAAACCCUGUACCCAAACGUAGACGUGCACGUGCGGACCUUCGACGCAGCAGACGAAAAAGCCGUGAUAGCAGUCAUCGACGAAGCAGUCAGCAAAUACGGCCGACUAGACAUCUUCUUCGCGAACGCCGGCGUAAUAGGCCAACCGAAGCUGUUCACCGAGAUCGACGGUGCGGGAUUCCUAAACACGAUGCGCGUAAACGCUCUCGGCGUCUUCCUGGCAGCCAAACACGCAGCCCCGGCAAUGAAGAUAACAUCAGCCUCGAAGCCGUACCCAGGCGGCUCGAUCAUCGGCACGGCCUCUGUAGCAGGUCUGCGCUCAAACGCCGGUUCGACUGACUACUCCGCUUCGAAGGCUGCUGUUGUGUCGAUCGCGCAGACGGUCUCGUAUCAGCUCUCUGGAACGGGUAUUCGCAUUAAUGCGAUCUGUCCCGGACUGAUUGAGACUGGGAUGACGCAGACGGUGUUUGACCGGGCGCGGGAGCGCGGCACAGAGCGCAAGGUCGGGCAGUUGAACCCUUUGCAGCGGGGUGCUGUUGCUGAUGAGGUUGCGCGUGUCGCGCUGUUCCUUGGUAGUGAUGAGAGUAGCUAUGUUAAUGGACAGGCUUGGGCGGUUUGUGGCGGGUUGAGUGCUGGUCAUCCUUUUGUGCCGGGGAAGUUGGCUUGA